AUGCGAACUAAUUGCACGGCUAAGAACCGUAGAGCGCAGUCUCCGCAUCCGCCUACCGCCGGAUCUCCGCUUGGGAAUGUCGCCGCCAACGCUCGUGCGUGGUGCGCACGGCGGUACCGCGGAAUCCUUCCGCCUGCUGGGGAAACCGCGACAGCGCCGCGGAACGUAUCAGCCCGCGCAGGAGGGGCGGGGGGGAUCACAGGGGCGGAGGGGAUCACAGGGGCGGGGGGGAUCACAGGGGCGGGGGGAAUCACAGGGACAGGCGGAGCUGCGCCCGCGAUCUGCGGGGAGGAUGAUAGCGCCGGCGGAAGCGGCAACCGCCGCGCGGGGGCAAGGGGGAAGCGGAGCAGGCAGGGGAAUGUGGCAUCCGCUGGGCUCACCAGGCAUUCCGACUCGAGCCAACCGAGUCAACCAAGUCAACCGGGUCAAGGGGGUCAAAGAGCCCAGGCCUCCCCGCUCCUGUCCGCGUGCCCGUCGGAGCGGUCGAGUGCGUGGGGGCCAGGCGGAAGCAGCACAAGUGAUUAUAGCGAGGGGACGGACGAUGAGGAUGCGAUGUGGGAGGAUAUUGACUGGAUCGUGGAGAAGUGCCUCCAGCUGACCCACUUGGCGCGCUUCAUGUGUCUGCUCAUGUGGGCGGCUGUGACCCUGGCGGUGGCGUUUGUCGUUUUCUGGGUGACGUACCAGGGGUUUCAGGCGGCGCGGCAGGCUGAGAUUGAGCAGGAGUGCAACAAGUGGACGUCGCUGCUGGAGAGCCACUUCAGCCAGGCUGCCGACCAGGUGCGGCUGCUGGGAGCGGUCGUCUCCACCUUCUUCUUCCAAAAGCCAAACGCCACUCUCGAUCAGCACACAUUCUCCGCGCUGGUGGAUAAGACGGACUACGCCCGCCCGCUGGUGUUUGCCGUGUCCUUUGCCCUGCGGGUGACUGAGGCUGAGCGGCCGGCGUUUGAGAAACAGCAGCAGCAGCAGCUGGGGGACCCUUAUUACUGCAUCAGGCACGGCAGUGUGUGUGCGGGCAGCCAGCCGGAAUACGCCCCCAUCGUGCUCACCAGCGCAUCGGCCAACAUGAUUGGUCAAGGCCUCAUGGGCCACUCCUACCCCCUUGACCAGGAGUUGACCGCCGUUGACCCCGUUGACCAGCUGGCGCUGCAGGAGUUCCUGGCGUGGGACGACCGCCCAUCAACAAUAGAGGCGGUGACACGAGCGCGGGACGAUGGGGUGAUGGGGGCACUGGCACCGCCCUUCCGCCUGAACCUCUCCCUCCCCACCACCAACCGCCCCAUCUCGCACGGCCUCUUUAUAGUCUUCCCCGUUUACCGCACCCCCGACCCGCUCCCGGAGGGUUCGUCCUCUAGCGAGUACCGGGCGGCGUGCCUCGGCUACAUGACGGCGAUCCUGGACUUUGAACCCAUGUGGGACGCCAUGCUCGCGGAGUACCACGGCUUGGCCCUGCCCAUGUUUGCACGCAUUUAUGACGUCACGGGGAGCAGCGGGGAGAAGGGGAAGCGGGCGGGGGAGGUGGUAUACGAGCCUAGAGGACAAGAGUUGCCGGCCGGACAGGAGGACUCGUACGCGCAUGUGAACGUGGUGAACCUGGGGGACAAGUACCGCGAGUGUUCAAGGGAAAACAAAGCACUUUUUGGGGUGCCAGGAUUCAUUCUCCCUCUCCCGUCCCCGGAUUCCCCUUCCCAUCCCCUUGCCCUCGCCCUCUCACCCCUCUCAACCCUCUCACCCCACCUUAAACCCCCCUCAACCCCUCUCAACCCCCCAUCCCCAGAUACUACACAACCUAUGUACUACACGACCUAUGUAUUCCCGGCAGCGAGUGCAGGGUGGGCUAUCCUCGUUAUAGUGAUGAUGGGCCUCGCAGCGUACGUGUACUGGGCGGCGUGUGAGCGCGUGCAGCAGCUGGAGAGGGAUUACCAGCGGUUGGAAGCGGUGAAGAACCGCAUGAAAGCGGCCAAGAGGGUUGCGGAGCGGGCGAGUAAAGCCAAGGGGCUGUUUCUCACGACGAUGAGCCAUGAGCUGCGCACGCCGCUCAAUGGCGUCAUAGGCAUGCUGAACCUGCUCCUGGAGACCCCUCUCACGGUGACUCAACUUGACUACGUGGACACGGCUCGCACCAGCGGACGGGCGCUGCUGGAACUGAUCACCGAUAUUCUCGACCUGUCCAAGAUCGAGGACGCUGAGCACAUCACCCACCCACUCCCACCAGGCGCAGAAUAUGCAGUUACAGCAUGCACCAAUGGGCGUGCGGGGCGAGGUGGACACGGUGCUGCUCCCCAUGUUGCUCAUCUCUCCUUUCCGUACUUCCUUUCCUCCCCCCUUCUGACCUUGCUCCCGAGUCCCCACUCCCACCAGGCGCAGAAGAUGCAAUUGGAGCAUGUGCCCAUGGACGUGAGGGGAGAGGUGGACACGGUACUCACCAUGUUCAUCGAGCGCUUCCCCUUACCCCAACCUUCCACUCCAUCCUCUCCCACCCUACUCCUUCCAAACGCACCAGGCGCAGAAGAUGCAGCUAGAGCACGUACCAAUGGACAUGAGGGGAGAGGUGGACACGGUUCUCACCAUGUUCAUCGAGCGCUAUCCUUGCCUCAACCCUUCACCCCCUCCUUUUCCCAGGCUCAAAAGAUGCAGCUGGAGCACGUGCCAAUGGACGUGCGCGGAGAGGUGGACACGGUUCUCACCAUGUUCAUCGAGCGCUUCCGAGACAAGCCUCACCUGGAGGUGGCGGCCUACAUCGACCCGCUCGUGCCGGCAUCUGUGCUCGGCGACUCGCUGCGCUUCCGCCAGCCACACCUGGAGGUGGCAGCAUACGUCGACCCCCUUGUGCCGGCAUCCGUGCUCGGCGACUCGCUGCGCUUCCGCCAGGUGCUGAUCAACCUGCUGUCCAACGCGUGCAAGUACACCGAACGUGGACACAUCUUCAUCGCCAUCCGCACAGCCGACAUUCACGAGGACCUUCGGAGGGACGCGUCCCGAACCCACCCUUGGCGCAGCAGCAUGAGCAUGAGCGCUGCGUGCGGGCUGCCCCUGGGUGCGUGCGUGGGCGAGCAGCGGUUGCUGGCGUAUCAACAGCUGGAAGACGAGCAAGAGGAGAAGGAGGAGGAGAUGGAGAGCCAGGAGGUGGGGGAGGAAGGGCUACUGCUGCUGACUGAGGCGCAAAGGCAAGGAUUGGCAGGGGAUAGAGGGGUGGCAGGAGGGCAAAGGCAAGGCGAGGAGCAGGAGCUGUUGGAGGUGGUAGUGCAUCCCAGCAGCAGCCAUCCUGCUGCUGCUGCUGCUGCCGCUGCCACUGCUCCCACAAACAGCAGUAAGCAGCAGUACCACGAGCAGCAGCAGCAGCAGCAGCAGCAGCAGCAGCUGGCGCACGUGACGCUGAGUGGGCGGGCGGCAGAGAGGAGCUGCAACAACUGGCACGUGCUGGCUGCGCGGCGGGCGGCAUGGCUGCAGCAGGGGCGGCAGCAGCAGGCUCUGCUGCGAGGGGGAGAAGGGGGAAACUGGGGUGAGAGGGGCGAGAGGGGUGAGGAGGGAGAUGGGUGUGAGGGAGAUGGGGAGGGAGGCAAGGAAGGGUGCGUGGAGGUGGAUUGUGAGUGGGAGAGGCGGCAGUUGGUGACAGGAGGAGCAACGGCAGCAAGAAGUGGGGCAGCAGCAGACGACAGGCCUCAAACCGUUCGAUUGGUGGUUUCCGUUGAGGACACAGGCGAGGGGAUCCCCUAUGCAGCCCAGCGCACCAUCCUGAAGCCAUUCACUCAAGCGGACCCCAGCACGACCCGCACGCACGGCGGCACGGGCAUUGGCCUCUCCAUCUCUCGCCACCUCGUGGACCUCAUGGGCGGCCGCCUCUCCUUCUCCUCGCACCCUGGCCUCGGCAGCACGUUUUACUUUGACCUCCUCCUGCCCUGCGACCAGCCUCGGCCCGAGCUUGUGCCGUACCUGCAACCGGACCUGGUUUCCGCUUUGGGAAAGGUUUCCAGAAGUGGUAAUGGUUCCUUCCUUUCUCCUUUUGGUUUGGAAGAAAGGGACGGAGCUGCAAGCCUGGGAGCGAUCAAAGGCGCUCUGGUUCGGGCCAGGCUGGGUGCGAUUCUACUGGAUGACCGGCCGGUGAGGCUCGGCGUGCUGGAGAGCCUGCUCAACAGGCUCGGCGUGCCGGUGCUCAACUCUACGUUCGGCACCACCUUUACAACAGCCUUUGCAACAGCCUUUGCAGCAGGCUCAGCCUUUACAACAGCAUUUGCAGCAGCCUUUGCAGCAGCCGCCCAUGCAGCAGCCGGUGGUGGUGUUUGUGGAUUAUGA